AUGGAAGAUAUUGACUCUACUGGGAUCCUCAAAUGUGUGGACCAGCAUGUAGUUGAUACCUACAAUGCUAUAAGUAUAGCCGCAAAAUUAGGCGCAUAUCGCUUACUGCACUUUGAGGAGCUGCCCAAAGAGUGGCAAGAAAAUCCAUAUAUUCGUUCCGGAUAUCGUUUCUUGUCAACUAAAAAACAAUGUCUCCAAUCUAUCUUUUGGCUUCACAAUGAAACCUGUAAUAUUUGGACACAUCUUUUGGGGUUUGUGUUCUUUUUGUGUCUAGGUGUAUAUUCAAUCUUGACUCAUUUAGAAAAUGCAACUAUGUUCGAUAAACUUUUUUUUGCAAUCUUUUUUACGGCUGCAGCAAAAUGCUUGGUUUGUUCGGUCAUGUAUCAUACAUUUAUCCAUUGUGCACACAUUCCAGUAAUGAAAUGUGCAGCUACAUUUGAUUAUAUUGGGAUAUCUCUCUUGAUCACAGCCUCUAUCUUGAUCACCGAAUAUUACAGUUUUUAUUGUUCAACAUCUUUAAGUGUAUUUUAUAUUACCUUUACAUCGCUAUCCGGUCUUGUUCCAAUUGCAUGCUCAAUGUUCCCGUGGUUUGACACAAAACAAUUCCGUUUAUUCCGUGUUGUACUUUUCAUAAUGCUUGGUUGUUCCGGACUAUUUCCUUUAGCACAUAAGAUCCUACUUCACGGAUUCGAUCAUACAUUUAAUUUUAUUCAACCUAUAAUUUCCAGUAUUUUUGCCUAUCUCACAGGUGUUUGGAUUUAUGCCAAUAGAUAUCCUGAAAGAAAAUGGCCUGGAAAAUUGGAUCGAUUCGGAAUUCAUAGUCAUUCACUAUGGCACGUUUGUGUAUGUAUCGGAAUUUAUGAACAUUAUAAGGCUUCUUUAUGGUUUUUCCAACAAAGAUACGUACAUUGUCCGGCCAAUCUUUAA